GUCGUGUGCGGUGUGCGGUGUGCGGUGUGCGCACCUAACUUUGAGCGUCCCUAAUGAUUAGGCCGGAGAAGACUUAAAAGCUUAAUGACGCACCUAAGUUCUCGCUUGCCCAACCUGACAAUAUUUAUAUUGAUUAGCUGUACAUUCGAAUUUCCAAGCACCCUCACCCUCACCUCCCUUCAGGUUCAUCACUGUCCACAGAUCUCCACACGCCGCCGACUGUGACGAGCGCCUGGUAUCUGGGAUCAGCGCCAAGCCUAUGACAGCGAGGCAUGGAUACACAUUCCAACAAGCUCUCGGCGCGGUUUCCGUGCAUAUAAAAUACAAUAUUUCUCGCGUCUUGUGUACCCACACAUCGCUCUAGCCAUGUUUCCUUCAGUUGAUGCUCGCCUUGCUAUGCUCGCCGUCUUACUUGCCUCCUUUUUUUUUACCACAUCCCUCAAGCGGUUCAUUAGGAACAGACAAAACAAACUUCCCCCUGGCCCAGUGCCGCUCCCACUGUUAGGAAAUGUCUUAUCGAUCAACACCAAGGAGCCUUGGUUGACUUAUACCAAAUGGGCUGCUGCUUAUGGAGACUUGUUUUUCGUGCGACUUUUAGGCCAGGAAAUCGUGGUGAUCAAUUCUCAGCACGUUGCGGAAGCCUUGCUGGACAAACGUUCUCGCAUUUACUCCGAUAGACCAUAUAUAGCCACACUUGAGCCGUUUGGUUGGUCGGCCAUCUUUGCAUUCGCAGGCUACAGUGACGAAUGGCGUCUUUGUCGACGACUCUUCCACCAAACUUUCCAUACUGACUCUGCACUCAAGUUUCGUCCAAUGCAGAUCAAGCGGGCUCAUGAGAUGAUCGUCAAUCUAAUCGAUGACCCUGAACAUUAUCAUUCUCACUUCGCAACAUUCUCGUCAUCAGUUGCAUUGUCAGUGACAUACGGCUACCAGACCAGUCCUCGUGAUGAUCCUCUGGUCCGAAUCGUAGAAAACGCCCUGGCUAUUGGCUUUCAGGUGGUAACCCCGGAGAGAGCAAUCUUACUCAAAACCUUCCCCUUCUUGCUGAAGUUACCUGACUGGUGUUGGGGAUCCUCGAUCAAACGCGAGGCUCAAGCUUCGACCAAUCUCAUGACUGAAAUGACAGAGGUGCCAUUUCGAUAUACGCAGCAGCAUAUGGCCGAAGACUCGGCCCUUGAUCAAUUUUCAAUGGUGGCAGAAAAUCUUCAACGAAUGGAGAAGCAGGAUCAGACAUCUAGACCAUUGUUUGAGAGUGCCUUGAAGAAAGCAGCUAUUUCUGCUAUUGUAGGUUCAUACGAGACGAGUACUUCGGUUUUGAUGGCUUUUGCUCUCGCCAUGGUGUCUUACCCAGAUGUUCAAAAACGCGCACAAGCGGAGAUCGACUCAGUUGUUGGGCGGGACCGCUUGCCUACAUUUGAAGACAGAACGUCACUACCAUAUAUUGAAUCAGUACUGCGGGAGACUUUGCGAUGGCAGCCUGUCGGACCCUUUGCGCUACAUGCCACCUCGAGUGAUGAUAUAUAUAACGGUUACUUUAUUCCAAAAGGAGUGGCUGUUACAUGCAACAUAUGGGGAAUUACACGGGAUGAAAAGCGGUACCCCAAUGCAUCUGUGUUUAUGCCAGAGAGGUUCAUGGACGCCGAUGGUGCGCUGACGGACGACGACCCGGCUGAAUAUUGUUUUGGCUUAGGCCGACGUAGAUGUCCAGGCCGGUAUGCUGCUGAUGCCUCAGCGUGGUCUGCUAUCGUUACUAUGUUGGCUACGGUGGAGUUUUCUCUUGCCAGAAAUGACCAGGGCAAAGUGAUCGAAUUCACCCCCGAAUUCACGACGGGACUCUUCCAUUCCGUUACGGUCUUUCCCUGCAGUAUUUCGCCACGUCCUCAUGUUCAUUCAGGACUCGUGGGUGCUGCUUUACGAAUGGGAGAGUAAUAUGUGUGUGACAGUGAAAGACUUGCCAUCGUCCUUUUUCUAUGUUCUAACUUGGGCCAACCGCCAAUCAGUCUCCUAGGUGUUCUUUUCGUGUCGCAGUACUCUCAGUGUACUUAAAUCCGUUACAUUCUUGGCAUUCGUGCCUAACGUUCUCCUGAAAUUGGCGUAGAUUUUGCUAUAAAUAGACUAUAGUAUGUCUAUGAUCAAGUGAC